AUGUUCUGCUAUUUGACUACUUGCUACACCCUUACUACAAUGCCUCCCCAAAAAUCGCAUUUUGAACCACCUAAGCAAUCUCAGCGGAGGAGAAGAGAAAAAGCAGAAGAAACUGAAGAUCAGUUGAGCAAGAGGAGUGAAGACACAGAAAGGCAUGCAGUUUCACGAGCGUCACAAAGUCAAGAAGAAGCUGACAGAAGACGUAGAUUAGAUGUACAAUGGACUGCAACAGCAAGACAGUCUGAAACUCAAGAAGAAGCUGACAGAAGACGUAGAUUAGAUGUACAAUGGACUGCAACAGCAAGACAGUCUGAAACUCAAGAAGAAGCUGACAGAAGACGUAGCAUGCAUACUCAGCGGACUGCAGGUGCCAGACACUCUGAAACUCUAGAACAUGACUUUAUUUUAUCUUUGUUCAUUCAUGUAAUCUAUCUAUCUAUCUAUCUAUCUAUCUAUCUAUCUAUCUAUCUAUCUAUCUAUCUAUCUAUCUCCCAUCCUUGA